AUGGCAGAUGAGAGCGGCAACAAGCGAAGCGACGGCAACGAGCCCCACCAAUACCAAGCUGGUUCGUCCACCAACCGCGAGGAAGACCGGUGGAAAGAAAGGUCGCCAUACAAGAUCCAUGACAAGGACAAGUUUGACGUCAAGUGGAAGGGUAAAUGUCACUGCGGCGCCGUGCAGUAUGAGCUGAGCCGGGAGAAACCGCUGGCUUCCAAGUACUGCCACUGCACCACCUGCCAGCGGAUGCACGGAGCACCCUUCCAAUGGGCCGCCAUCUUCCAGAAGACAGACAUCAACUUCACGAACGGCCACCACGACCUCGGCUGGUACGACCCCACUCACAAAUCGACGACACAUCAUCUUCCUUGCAAGGUGCAGUGCGCCUAUUGCCGGACCCCAAUUAUGGACGAGGGUAGGAACAUGAUUCUGCUGUUUCCGACCCUGAUCGAGGGGAUCAACACGCCCAAGGGGAGGAAGGCGUUUGAGGUGCAAUCCCACAUGUUCUACCAACAGCGAGUGGUUGAUAUCAGGGACGGAAAGCCCAAGUUUGAGGGGCUGGCGGAUCAGAGUGCCCGGGUGGACGAGGAGACGGGGGAGGUCAUGGCGGGGGCUGAACUGGGGAUGGAGACUUAA